GUGACAGUGACAGAACGUGGACAGAACAAAUCGAAUAAGUAUUAAGUGACAGCGAUGACGUCGGUAUUUUCGGGCAUCCAAAAAUAAAAAUAAAGAAAAAUCGCUGUGAAAACAAAACAUGGAAGCCUGUCUAGCAGUGGAGAAAGAAGUAGACAGGGUGUUCUCAAAAUUUGGUGGCAUCAACGAACACGCCAAACGAGUUCUUGCCGAUCUGAUCAAACAAAUCCAAAAUCUCAAGGAGGAAUAUCAAACUGCUGGAGAGGACUACACCUUGUCAGAGACUCAAAUCAGCAUUCUAAAAGAUAAUGUAGCCAAAGUGAAAGAGACUGUUUCAAAACUAGCCACAGAUCACAGAGAUCUGCACAGCACAGUCUCAAAGGUGGGCAAGGCAAUUGAUCGAAACUUUGUAGCAGAUUUCAAUGCAACAACUAGAGAAGAUGUUUUUGCAGGUCAAGAGAAAAUAAAUUUGAUCAACAAGGUGAUAUGUCAACACUUUUACAGACAAGGUAUGCAUGAUGUGGCUGAUGAGCUAGCAAAAGAGGCAGAUAUAACUCCAGAACCUCACGAGAAAGAGCCAUUUACAGAACUAAACCACAUCUUGGAUCGUCUGAAAAACAAAGACUUGGAACCAGCCCUAGCUUGGGCUACAGCUCACCAUGAUAAUUUAGAAGCACAGAACUCGUCAUUAGAAUUCAUGUUGCACAGACUGAAGUUCAUUGAACUAUUGAAACAGGGUGCUUUGUACCAGACUGAGGCGAUUUCAUAUGCCAGGACACAUUUUAGAAAAUUUGUUAGGAGACAUGAAAAAGAUAUCCAAACUUUGAUGGGCAUGCUACUCUACAUUCCCAAUGGUAUAAACGCGUCUCCAUAUGGCUCGAUAUUAGGCACCGAAAUGUGGAUGGAGAUCUAUGAGCUGUUCAUGCGUGAUGCCUGUCAGAUGCUCGGCGUGUGCGUCAAUAGUCCUCUCACCACUUGUAUUAAUGCCGGAUGCAUUGCGAUACCUGCCUUGCAUAACAUCAAACAAGUUAUGAUGCAGCGGCAAGUCACUGGGAUAUGGAGCGGAAAGGAUGAACUGCCAAUUGAAAUUGAUUUAGGCAACGAAAACAAAUACCACUCGAUGUUCGCCUGUCCAAUAUUGAGGCAACAAUCAACGCAGUUCAACCCUCCAAUGAGACUAGUAUGCGGCCACGUUAUAUCUCGAGAUGCUUUAAACAAAUUGUGCAGUGGGAAUAAGUUAAAAUGCCCCUACUGCCCGAUAGAACAGGCUCCAGCCGACGCAAGAUUAAUAUAUUUCUAACUAGAUGAGCCCGAGACGCGGCUGUUGUAUGUAAGGCAUUUUUGCUAAACUGCCGUGGUGCUGUACAAUGCACAGUACAUAUGUGUUAGCAUCCCCCAAAUUGGGAAUUCAAGAUAAGCGCCAAAAUGGCGGCACAGGCGCCAAAACUCUAGCAGACUGUUUUUAAAACUUGUCCCAAUUUUACAUAGAGCUCAAUAAUAGAUCGUCAUUAUCCUUAGCUUUCGAAACAAAUGUUAGGAUGAUCCUCAAUAAUUUGAUAAAACAAACCUGCUGACAUUCCUUAGGCUCGACGACGCUUUUCAAAGUAAAAGUUUUAUUCAGUUUUGCUUAUUUUGACCGGACACAUGAAGUAAUGAAAUAAAACAAUUUCUUGACUUUAUUCAAAGACUAACUAGCAAAGUACAGCAUAAUAUUUGAAGAAUAUCCAAUGAGCUUGAAACAGUAGACAGUUUUUUCAACCGCCUGAGAAAGUAAGUAGCAGCCAGGCAUGCAAAGUUGAUUCAUUUUAAGAACGUAUUUCUCAAACAAACGAAUCCCAUUUGCAGUCCAUUUACGCCCAGACAAAACACAACAUGCCCAAAAGCGAAAUUCUACAGGUCCGUAUUUUUGCUCAAUGAUCUUGGAAUAAUCUAACAAAAUAAAUGAUAUUUUUAUAGAAAUAAGGGCACAUACUUUUCACAAUUCUUUAUUCACUGGAAAUACGUGAAUCAUCGUCUGAACGGUUAAUAUGAAUUAUUACAGGCUCAAUUUGAGUAUCGAUCAUAUUGUCAAGAUCCCAUACCUUUGUUCAGAUUGUCUCUUGAACGUGACGGACGCAAUCUUUCCAAUGGCUUGGCGUCACUCUGCUGACAGCUUCACAAAACAAAUUUUUCACGUCAGAAAAUUUGCCGGUUCUGUUGUUCGAAGCCACAUAGUUUUUUAUAUUUGCCCAAAUCAUUUCAAUGGGAUUUAAUUCGCAGUGAUAAGGGGGUAGCCUAUCAUUUGGUUUUUAGCCAUUUCGUCAAUAACAUUAAGAUUAUAUUUAUAUUUGUGCUGCCUGACUAGAUGGAUAGGUUCUGCUUUGACCAUAUUUUCAUUGCAACUAAUGUCUUUUGGUAGGAGCCAUUGUUGAAUUUUUGCAUUUCUUGUGGACAUUGUGGGAAUUUUUUCUAGUUUUCUAGUGUGGUAUGCAGCAUUAUCAGGUACAAUGACGGCAUUGUCGUCAAGCUUUGGGAGUGUUUCUUCAAACCAUCGUUCAAAUGAACUUCCGUACAUUUGUUCAUGGUAGUCGGUCGUUUUCUUUGACUCAAAUGCCCAUAGGGCAGUGGGCAGAAAGCCAUCUUCACUGCCAAUGUGACGGUUAACAAAUCGUUUUCCUUUUUCUGGAAAUAAUUAUUUCAUAUAAACAUUGGGAGAAAUAUUCUCAGUUUCAUCUGCUGUAUCCGUAGACAACAUCCUAACGUAUAAACACACGCUAUGCAUGCACCGAAUAUGAACAGCAACCGCCGGCGUGGGCGUGCCGGCGAUACACCGAGUCUGAGUUCUAUCAUGUCGAAUCGUGCACUUAUUCGUAGUUUUAUGACCAAUAGCUAUUGCAAUGCUUAAGCGGCUGCCGCUUUGCCGCGCUGCACCUUUGUUGUGCCGGGGCGUAAAUGGACCAGGAAUAGGGUACCUUGCAUUCUUAAUACAAAGUAACUAUGGAGAUCUUGUAAUUAUGUUUUUGUUAAAUUCUGUACUGAAAGUGUGAUUUUCAUAGAUUAGUAGCAUCAAACAUUAAAUAAUAAAUCAGUAGCAUUCAUCACAAAUAAUGCGUAAUUAGGGUUUUCACAAAAACACUGCUAGAGGGAAAAUAAAAGAUCAUUCAGGUUUUAUGGCUAUCAGAUCUUAGUUUGAACUCCCAAUGUAAUGGAGGAGUAUACUAAUGAUUAUUAUUUUUUUAGCAAUUACUCGUUUUGUUUUGUGGUUAGACGUGAAAGUCUUUUGUAUUCUAUAUAUGAUCUCUUUUAUGAAACAUCAGGUUUGCAAUUCGAAAAAAUAAUUUUUGUUAAUGUACAUACAUUAUGAUUUUUGCUAUUUUGCGUUGAAUUUGCGUAUUUUUGUCAAAUUGUAUUUAAGUCAGAAAAUCAAUCCAAAAUAAACUGUAACAGAAUUACACAUAAUACUGAUUGUUCACUAUUAAUUGUGCACUUGACACAGUAUUUAAAAAAAACAGUUUUCUGUCACAGUAUGCAGGACUGAUUUUCCAAAUCAACAUUACUGUCGAAUUGCACUACCUUGCCAUUAUGUAAGAAUUGCAUAUGAUAUAUAGUACAUAAUAGGAACAAAAAUAAGUUUGAAACACACUUGCUAUUACGGAAAAGUUCAAUUGAAUGGAUAUAUACCUAUGAGAAAGAUUUAUACUGAAAAGAUAACAUUGACAAAGACUAAUAGUUGUUAGACAAACAUAGAUUUUAUUUUAUUUGUUCUUAAAAUAUAGUUUACACUAACAAAA